AUGCCAAAAGAUUCAAUCAGUUUUCCCGGUGAGUGCUCAUUUGUUGCAGAAGGAUAUCAUUUCGACCACCCUCUAGCACCAGCCCGCAAAGAGAGAAAACACAUCUUUGGUUGCCAAGACACACGUCUGCAGAAAUUGUUCGAUGAGAAUUUUAAAUACAUUACCGAGCCAACUGAUUCGGAUUUGAGUAGAAUCCUGUUAGGCGAUGUCAACGAGUUUGUGACAAAAGUUUCAAGCUUCUACAUCUGCCCCUCAGACAAUGAGGCAACCGUUCUAAGGUUGAUAAGUGUGGCAAAGCUUCUUUUUGGGCUUCAAUCGGGAUCGAUCACAACUACUUUAAGACGGUUCGCGUGCCUGGCACCGUUUUUUAUGAACUGGAUUUGUAAAAGAACUUCAUUUACCAAAGCACCGGGCAAGGCAUCGUUUUCCGGCCAUUACAUGUGCAAAAUGCAUUCUGAAAAGCACUCGUGCUGCCCGUUCAAGUUCACGCUCAGACUGAACUUCAGUUCGCAAACUGUUACAUUUGAUGUUCGAACUGCCCAUAAUCACGACUACUUCAGUAUGGUUACCUACUUCCCGCCUGACUACUUGAGGAGUCACAUUGAGGCUAUUUGUGCCACACCCGGGGGCAAUUCUGCAAAGCUCUUGAAAAUCAAUACCUUCAAUUCACUUAGUGCCGACAUUCUUGAAGCGCUUUGUUUUGAGUACAUUCCAAUUAAGUAUUUCAGGAAUAUCACGUUGCGUGACCCGAUAGUGAAGAAUCGGAAAAGUGAGUUUUGCGGGACUGGGGAUUGGAACCAGGAUAUAGCAGGGAUCGUUAACCGGUAUCAUAAUGGAGGAAUGCACUGCAAAUUGUUUAGCAUGGGUGGCUUUAAUGCUGCCCUUGUAGCUACCGACACGAUUUUCAGCAAAAUCGUGAAAGAGAAGCAGAUCCUCAUGAUGGACACCACUUGUGGGGUUUGCAACUAUGAGGACGCGAAACUUAUAAGUAUUACGUACAGGAAUGAGCUGGGAAAGGUGAGAGUUGGUAUUACUGCUCUUGCAAGACCAAAGGAUUGGUCCUUUGACGAUAUUUCUGCCUUUAUCAACGCUGUUUUUGCGUUUGCGAAGGAGCGGUGUGGGCUUUCGGAGCAGGACGCGUUUGCCAAGCUAUCGUAUUUCAUCAUUGAUGAAUGCAUGGGUGAAGAGAAGGCGGUACAUGCUGCUUUCAAUAGAUUGCCUGCUCCUUUGCAUCAUGUUACAAUUCUAUACUGCCAGUGGCACAUGGCUUCCAGCUUUGCCAAGAGGCUAGGACGUGCCAGCGAAGCAUAUAAAGCCAUGCGUGAAGCGAUAUAUGCGACCUCCGAGGCCCGUUUCACUGAGUUGGUGAAGAAGGCUUUGUGCUUGCUGGCAAGCAAUAAAGCCAAAGCAAACAAUAUAGCCAAAGCAAACAAUAUAGCCAAGGCAAAAUACAUCAAGGACUCUCUUAAGAGCAAGGAGAAGUGGGCUGGGUGUUAUCGCCAGAGUCCCGUUUUCCCACAGGUUCGAGAAAAGAGGAAAAUCGACACUAUCCACUCUCGUUGGAGGAACCCUUCUUUUAAUGGCGGUCUUUGGGUGUCCGAGAAGUUGACACCUCUUGCCUUAGCUGAUCAAUUGAGCAUUUUCUUUGGCUCCGAGUAUUCCGAGAACAGUGUUGAGAUCCAGAGAGCAAAUCUUCGUCUCCAUCGCAGCAAAUGA